AUGUCUGAAUUAGAUCAAUCCUCGCCUCUUUCAAGCUUUUUUGUCUUUUCAAGUGAGUUACCAGAAGAAGGAGAGACUGUUAAAGUGUUUUAUUAUUAUCCAGAAUGCAAAACACAAGAAGAUAUUAAUAAUCGCGAUCUAGAGACAGGUAUUUCAUCAACAUUUGUUUUCUUUGCAAAUCGUUUUAACCCAGACAAUCCGUGUGACUAUAUUUUUACAGGUAAACGCGAAAUUGGACUUCUUGAAAUAGGAAAUGGCAUAUUCUUUAACGUAUCUAUCAAAUCAACAACAGGCACCAAGCGUAUACUUCUGAAUCAGAUCUUAAAGACAUGCUUAUUGAUGCUUAAUUACGUUGCUGGCCCAUUAACUUUAGAAAAUGAUAAUAAAUCAGUUUCGAAGGAGUGGAUCAGUAGAUUACAAACUACAAUGCCACAUAUUAUCAAAAUCAUCAACUGGAAAGAUCCAGUCUUUGAAUUAUUGUGGGAUUCAUUUGUUCCAUCACAAACACAUUUGAAUUCCAAGCAGAGUGUCCAAGAUGAACAAAUACGAGAGACAAUGAAGAAAUAUCCAUUCAUUGAAUCAGUUAUUUUCACUUGGAGAGAUAAAAUCAUCACAAUGCAUGGAAUUGAACCACAAAUAGCACGAAUUCUUUCAAUGCUUGUAUUCCACAAGUUCGAAAUGUUCUUCCCCUUCAAAACUAAAAAGAGAGAAGACGUUCUUCGCUGGACAAUCGGAUUUAUUAUGGGACCGGACAAAUCAAUAGAAAUAUUCACACCACCAAUCUUCUAUAACGAUAAAAUACAUCCUCUUGCUGUUUUGCAAUUGAAUAAGAUCAGAAUUAUCGUAUUACUUGAUCCAUUUAAGAUAUUUGAUAUUAAUCUCCUUCAACAGUUCUCUAAAGAUAUCAAUCCUGUUGCAAGAAGUUUUGAUUCCAUUGAAUCAAGGUCAAAUUCAAUAAUUAAACAGAAUAUCUUUAACAAUAAUACAGGAAUCCGCAUGAAUUAUAGUCCAAAUAGCCAUGAACUCAACAUUACUAAUAAUAAUAUCCAGAUUUAUGAUUGCGAAACCAUAGAAAGAGGAAUUCUUCUUUCCCAUGCCUUUUCAAAGAGAAUUGGCCCAGAAUCACGAGGAAUUAUACCACUUAAUGGUAGUUUUUAUUCAUUUUUCGAUUCUUAUCCAUACAAAUUUGAACUUAUUGAAGUUAUGCAGUUCAAACCGAAAUCAUUAUCAGAAGCAUUAGAAGAAUUCUCAAAAUUGGAAGAUAUCUAA